CAAAGAAAGAACUUUAACAAGAUGGCUGCUAUAGUAAAUGAGCAUGGUUGCAUCUGUUGGAAACAUCGCUAUAAUAAAUGAAGACUAGCAAUGUUUUCAUUGCAAAGCAAGCCUUUUACUUUAGCAGCCAUCUUUAAGUAUUUUUUGGUAAAAUUAUAAUUAGAGAUUCAGGGGAAAUCACUCUAAUAUACAGCUGCUUUAAGCUUAUUUCUGUCCUAUAGUGAUAUAUUUUAGCCAUUCUUCCUUCGUAAUUAUUGUGUUGGAAGAGAUCCCCUCCAACACAAGUAUACGCGUCAACUGGUUGUGCGCCAUUGAGGCCAUUGACUCCAAUUUCAUAGCCUUUGUCCAACCAAGAACAAUCUACAAGUUUAUGCUGUGGGCAACAUGGAAUACACUGGAUACUGCACUGAACAUGUCCCUUUAAAGAUUGAAUCAGAUUCAAAGAUGUACCAUGGUGACAAUUAUACCAGAGACCUGGGUAUUCAGGUACAGAGGAUUGGUGUUGUGAACAAUGACUGCGAUAUCUAUCAAUGUCAGCACUGCAGGUUGGAUUUUUCAACACUCUCCCAUUAUAAUUUGCAUUUGAAAUACAAACAUGAAGGGGAAAACCUUGACAAUAAGAAUCUAGAUUUCACAGUUGACACUAGUGAACAUUCUAAUCAGUUAUCUAAUUUUCAUCAGCACCAUGGAAUUCAUAAAGGGAAAAAGCAUUGUAAGUGUGAGGAUUGUGGUAAAUAUUUUACAAGUCUCCAAUAUUUAAAAGUACACCUUUUAAUUCAUAUAGGAGAAAAGCCUUACAAAUGUGGCCAAUGUUGGAAAUGUUUUAGAACUCUUACUGAAAUAUAUAGUCACUUAAAAAUUCAUACAGGAGAAAAGCCUUACAAGUGUGACCAAUGUGGUAAAUGUUUUACCCAAUCAGGUUACUUAAAGCAACACCAUUUAAUUCAUUCAGGAGAGAAGCCUUACAAGUGUGACAAAUGUGGUAAAUGUUUUACCCAAUCAGGUAACUUAAAGCAACACCAUUUAACUCAUACAAGAGAGAAGCCAUACAAGUGUGACGAAUGUGGUAAAUGUUUUACCCAGUUUAUUGGCUUAAAGAAACAUUAUUCAAUUCACUCAGGACAGAAGCCGUACAAGUGUGACCAGUGUGGUAAAUGUUUUACCUAUUUGUGUAGCUUAAAGAAACACAAUUUAAAUCAUCCAGGAGAGAAGCUGUACAAGUGUGACCAAUGUGGUAAAUGUUUUGCAACUCUUGAUCAAAUACAGAUGCACGUUAUGAUUCAUACAGGAGAAAAGCCUUACAAGUGUGACCAAUGUGGUAAAUGUUUUACCCAGAUUAGUGGCUUAAAGCUACACCAUUUAACUCAUACAGGAGAGAAGCCGUACCAGUGUGACCAAUGUGGUAAAGGUUUUACCCAAUUAUGUAACUUAAAGCAACACCAUUUAACUCAUACAAGAGAGAAGCCGUACAAGUGUGACCAAUGUGGUAAAUGUUUUACCCAAUCACGUAUCUUAAAGCAACACCAUUUAACUCAUACAGGAGAGAAUCCUUACAAGUGUGACGAAUGUGGUAAAUUUUUUAACCGGAUUGAUUACUUAAAGAAACACCAUUUAAUUCAUACAGGAGAGAAGCCGUACAAGUGUGACCAAUGUGGUAAAUGUUUUACCCAAUCACGUAUCUUAAAGCAACACCAUUUAACUCAUACAGAAGAGAAGCCGUACAAGUGUGACGAAUGUGGUAAAUCUUUUAACCGGAUUGAUUAUUUAAAGAAACACCGUUUAAUUCAUACAGGAGAGAAGCCGUAUAAGUGUGACCAAUGUGGUAAAUGUUUUGCAACUCUUAAUCAAAUACAGAGGCAUGUUAUGAUUCAUACAGGAGAGAAGCCUUACACAUGUAGCAUGUGUGGUAAAUGUUUUAUCAGUUUGCAUAGCUUAAAACAACAUCUAAAAACUCAUACAGAAGCAAAGCGAUACAAGUAUUACAAGUGUGACCAAUGUGGUAAAUGUUAUACCUAUUCGUCUAGCUUAAAGCUACACCAUUCAAUUCAUACAAGAGAGGAGCAGUACAAGUCACUUGUAGUGUGACGAAUGUGGUAAAUGUUUUACCCAUUUGCGUAGCUUAAAGCAACACCAUUUAAUUCAUUUAGGAGAGAAGCCGUACAAGUGUGACUAAUGUGGUAAAUGUUUUACCCAUUUGUGUAGCUUAAAGAAACACCAUUUAAUUCAUUUAGGAGAGAAGCCGUACAAGUGUGACUAAUGUGGUAAAUGUUUUACCCAUUUGAAUAGCUUAAAGCAACACCAUUUAAUUCAUACAGGAGAGAAGCCGUACAAGUGUGACUAAUGUGGUAAAUGUUUUACCCAUUUUGGUAAUGUUAAUACACACCUUAGAAUUCAUCAGGGAGAGAAGCCUUACAAGUUUUAAGUAAUGUGGUAAAUGUAUUACAGAUUCCUCACAUUUCAUUGAACAUAAAUUAAAAACCUCUACUGAAAUAAAUCCAGAAUGACCAGACA